CAAGGAAAAAAUGGGGAGGGGGAAAAUUGACAUAAAAUUGAUUGAGAAUGUUAACAGCAGGCAAGUCACAUUCUCCAAGAGGCGCUCUGGGCUCCUCAAGAAGGCUCAGGAGCUCUCCAUUCUCUGCGAUGCUGAGGUCGCUGUCAUCAUCUUCUCCAGUACCGACAAGCUUUUUGAGUACUCCAGCACAAGCAUGAAGCAAACACUGGCAAGGUAUAACAAAUGUCUAGAUUCUACAGAGACACCUAAAAUUGUAGAAAAGAAGCCAAAGGUGGAGCACAAGGAGGUGGAAGUUUUGAACAACGAAAUCUCAGAGCUUAAAUCAAAGCAAUUGCAAUUGUUGGGUAAGGACCUUACUGGUAUGGGUUUGAAUGAAUUGCGCCAGCUUGAGCAUAAACUAGACGGAGCACUGUUAGCUAUAAAGGGAAGAAAGGAGCAAUUACUGUUGGAACAACUAGAGAACUCGAGAAAACAGGAGGAGCGUGCAAUGGUGGAAAAUGAGAAUUUGCGCAGACAGAUAGAAGAGCUUCGAGGAUUAGUUCCAUCAAACGUGAGUAUGCCAAUGCCAACACCUUAUCUCGAAUAUUAUCCUGCACUGAAGAACUGUUCCUCCGGAAAAGAUGGCGCUGAGAGUCUCAACACAGGGUGCGACGAUGAUUUGGAGAAUGAGGUCUCCGAUACUACCUUGCAGUUGGGUCCUCCCACCGGUUCAUGUCGGAAGAGGAAGACGCCUGACCAGGAAACUCAUUCCAGCAACUCCGAGAACCAUCUGGAGCUGAAGUGACAAGGUUGUCCUUCCCCCCGAGUAGAGGGGGAAUUGAAGUACAUGAAGAAUAUGGAGAGGCUUUUAGUCAUUUUAGAUAAGCAUGAACAAAGUGACAGUUGAUGCAGACAACUUUCUUCAGCAGGGCAUUGUAAAAGUUAACCAACUUUAGGCUCUCCCUGGCCAAUGGCCAUUCAUCUCUCUUCACCAUAUUUAUUGUUUUUGUAUGGUGGCCUGGGAGGAUUGACUUCUGAAUUAGUAAUGGAACUGCUGUUCUUGGUUCACUUUUGA